AUGAUGAACACCCGUAUCAACCUCGAAAGCCUGGGGAGAGUAAAGCUACAUUCGCCCCAGUCCUCAGGAGAGGAGUCGCAGAACUCAGACAUGCCCUUCGCUGUUUACAAGGUCAAAUUUUCAAGCAGUGAGGCGUGCCCACCGGAGUUGCGCAAGGCUGCCGGUGCGAAAAGCUUCCUUCAGGACAAUCCGCGCCUCAAAAGCAAUAUGGUUCCAUGGUACUCAAGACGAAUCCUAACUCUGGCGGUGUUUUUAUUGCUAUUUAUAAUACUGUCUCUUGUAAUGACUGGUCUGUUUAUCUGGAGAGCUCUUUUUCACGGUUCCAAGAAUAGUGAAGGUAGCACUGUAAAUCCAUCUAUCAGUAUCUCACAGGUAAGCUGCUUAGCUUGUUCCAAAAAAGCGCAUAUAUUUAAGCAUCAAAGUCCUUUUCCUAAUGGACUCAAAAUCUGAUAUGCAUCAUCUCUUUUCAACGAGUAGGUGAACCAUUGUCUUAUCUUGAAGAAAAUAUAAUUUUCAAGCAAACAAACCUAGUGAGGUUUAUUGUAUGCAACCUGCUCAUCCCUUAAUACAAUCAUAUGUACUUUGCACACCAGUACAACGUGUACUACAAGAUUUUAUGCGUCAUAAAAUAUUCUUUCGAUCCAUAUUUUUCGCUGAUCUGUGAAAUCCACGCUGUUCUUUUGAUUUGCAAGCAUUAUUAUUACAACUGUCCACGUAUCACUGGUAAUUUACCAAAAAUUGAAACAUGUUGAGUGGGUGGAUUCUGCUGUUCAAGUUAUUUUUUCGUAAUUUAAACGGCGACGACAGGUGGGCAUAGGAUCGAUAGAAUGCUGGAGAGGAUUAAAAGAAUCGUAAUCAUUUCCAGUAUUAAAGAAACUGAGUGUGACUCUCUAUCUGAUGACACGCCCUUCGGUUUGAAAUUUUUCAGUACUGUCUUGGUUGCCGUUUCUCCAUAAAUCUUUCCAUUUUAAGAAUUUCUAUAAGCAUAUCUAAGCAAAAAAUAAAAUGUAUUUUACUAUAACUGUAUUAUAAAAACAUGUUAUUUACGCAUUAGGACGCAGAGAGCGCAGAUGCAGAAACUCCACUUUCAACUGAAAGGGAUUUUAUCUUGCCACAUGACAGUAACAUAGAUGGAGCUUUGAAUGGAAAGAUGUUUUGUUCGCCUUGAAGUCGUCCGCGUAUUUGCGUACCAAUAGUUUUAAUGCGUUUAAAGAGAAUCGUAGCGUGUGUUUUGCAAUUAAAUCUAAUUUAAAAACUAAUCGCCCGUUAUUAAAGAUAGAAACCUUUUUCUCAGGGCAAAAAUGAAUCGAGAAUAAUGCUUGGCUAAAAUAAAAAGUGCUUUUUCUUGGUGCGCAUGCAUUUAAAAAAUUAUAACAUGUCCGGUAAAAUAAUUUUGAAGUGAAGUAGAGUGGCAAACUAAAUGAAAAAAUAGGGAUCAUUAUUUACACUUAGAAGGCGCGGAUCCUCUUUUUGAAAAGCAAAUUCGCUGGUGAAGACGGAAGCGACGAUUUUAAAUUAGAGUUAAUGGACUCAGCCAACUUAAUAGAAAACUCAUUUCAAAAGCAAAAAGUAAAUAACGUCAUUCUCCAAUUUUGACAAAUUUUAAUGAUUUAGAUGUAUUUCACACAAACUUUUUUUUUGAGAUGAUCAUAUGUAAGGUCAUGUACAAUUUCGUUAUUUUUCAAAACCUCAUUAUACAUUUAAUUCUUGUUUGUUCUGAAAUCAACGCUGUCAAAAUGAUUGAAUUCAAUUGACGUUAAACGUAUUCUCUAAGCGGGUGAUAUACAAACAUAACUUAUGAUAUUGCCCAUUAUUACAAUAUUGCCCGGAAAAUAGAGGGACAUUUGACAAUGGCCUUCGAAAUUAAAGUCUAUAUUUCUUUUGUAAGGCGCUGCUGGAACCCAAUAAAAUGUAAUAAAUUGCUCGCGAAGCAGGUGGAACCAAAACGUUUCAGAGACCGACACCUUUUCACAGAACUUUAAUACACAGAUGUUAAACCCUAGAUUCUGUUCUCGAUCAAAUUUAGAAAUCAUGAAAAAUUGCAAGAGUCAACUAAAAUAAACGUAACGGCUAUUAGUCUUCAUCAGUUGGCUAAAGCCAAAAUAAUACAAAAAGGUGCUGAUAAAUUUAUUGUUGGCUGGUUGCAGUAGACUAAACUUUAGUCUAUGAAUUGAAAUUGAAAUUGUUACCUUUAUUUGAAACAUUCGUUUUGUGAAAAUUACAGAAAAAUUGUCUUUACAUGUAAAAGUUAUUGAUCUCUGCCCUCAGGAGGCUUCUCGAAACAUCCAUAACUCAUAAAGCUUUACAGUGUGUUAGUAUAGUGUAAAUAACCUUUUUUGAAGAAAUUUUUGUCGCCGGCGGUGCCCUUGUAAAUCGAUGAUUAGUAGUAAGUAGAUUUGUUUUGAGUUCCGCAGCGAACUAUUGAAUAUAGUGCAAAACAAACCUUGCAAAGGUGACAAAAUGAAUAAGUGAAUUUUGAUUGGCCUAAUAAUUGCUUCAAUAAGAAGUUUUGCCGCGUGGAAAAUUAACAUUAACCUCGCGCAUUUUCUUAUGGCCGGCGUUGGCCAGCAAAUGCGGUAUUGUCCCAAAUUAAUUAAAACGUUUUCACUCGCGGUUCUUCCGGCGGCUGAGCGCCCAUGUUAUAAACUUUGGAUCCGCCACUAAUGAACUCAUUGGGGGUAUUGGGACGGGGAAGGCAAUGCAGCCAUCUUCUUUGGCUUCGUCUUUUUUUUUCGUUUUUUUAAAGACAACUUUAAAGAUGUAGUUGGUAGGUUACGAUAUUUCAUUGGGCGACUUUUGUUUCAUCGGUGUACUCUAUUCAUGAUUUUUGAGCGCUUUUGUAAGACCUUUUACGUAACCUAUGCGCUUCUGUUUGUAGCUAGCAGUCACAGGAGCUCCUCUAGUCCCAGACUGUCCCGUGCGAGCAAAAGCAGUGCCGUUGACCAGCCUUCCAGAGAGGAUCAAAAAUACACUGGCUGAAAUGGACAGAGAAAUGGAAACUAAGAUAAAUGACGAUACGGUGAGAGGAAAAUUAAGGAGAAAAUAAAGAAAAAAAAAACUCUUACUACUUUUAUUUUAUUUGUACGGUUAACAGAUAUAAUAUUAUCUGGCUGGAAGGACCAUGCAUGAGGUUAAAACAAAAACAAUAUAAUCGUUCUCCGUUAACCACUGAAAGUAAUUACUGUAAAAACUACGAAAAGAUAAUAGCCCGCCAGAGUCACAAAUUCUACGAGAAAGAUGAUUUUCAAUCAGUAACCAUUUCUAAAACGCUUUCGAUUGCACUUCAGUAGCACUUUAACUAACUCCAAUUUCUGCAAUUUCUGCACCCGUGAUCUGAACCCAGUUUUUAGCCGUUUAGAUUGUUAUUACAUUAACAAUACGGUUUUCAGAGACUGUCGCUAAAUUAUGGUAUUCUUGUAUAUAGGUAUCCAUUUUGGCUAACGUUGUAUACAUGGACAAGAUAAUUUGGCAGCGCUCGUUUGGAAAAAUGAACCGAUCGAAUCCCCAAGCACCACCACUUUCUGGCAGAACAGCGUUUCCCAUAGCGAGUGUUACAAAAGUAUUAACGGUAAGAAAAACCUUCUUUUUUAUGUCGCUCAUGGUAAAAGAGUAAAACAUGAACAGCAUCUUAAUGAAGUCGAUUUUGAAAAAAGGAUUAAAUAAUUUAAAAUUAUAGUUUGUCAUUGAAGCGUAAUUAACAGACUUUUUUACCCAUCUUCAUUAUGAUUAUCGGUUCACAAACUAAAAACGGCAAAUUUCUCUUUAGCCUUGCUUCUGUUCUCGCUUACCACCAAACACAUUUUCGUCUGGAAAGAAGAAAAAUCACUGUGUACCGGUGACAGCAGAAAAGGAUAACCCCUUACUCGCCCUCUCUAACCUACGCGGAUAUUUCAGGAAAUGGGAUUUUAAAUUCCUUCAUUUCUGAGUCAACGAUCUUUCUUGUUUUUCAUUCACCUUCAGGCACUGAUGCUUUACAAACUUUACCAUGAAAAGAAAGUCAAAACUCUUGAUGAUCCUUUUAAGAAGUACUUGCCAAGCUUUUCUAUCAAGGACCCCUUCAAAUCACAUGAUAUUACCCUAAGGUAAAUACUUAUGUUCCGCCCUACAAGGGGGAUCCAGGGGCAUGUUACCCCUGGUAAUUGUUUUGAUGUUAAAUCCGUUACGUCCCCUUUCCUAGGUCUUUAAGUAAUUCAGACAGGAUAAGGAGGAAAGUUUUUUUUUAUUAAAGAUAUAUUUGUUUAUGAAAAAUCUGACCCCAUUUUCUUAGAACGUUGGAAACAGGUGUGGAUCCCCGCUUGCUUCUAGUUAAUAAAUUACAAUAAAAAAUGUCUCCUUUUCGUUUUUUUCUUAAAUGUUUAACCUUUUCUUCAGGGAGAUGGUUUCUCAUAUGUCAGGAUUACCGCGAGAAGCGCCAUGUUUUCCUGAGGCAGAUGGCCAGGCAGUUUGCAAAUGGAACAACAGCGUUAUGCUAAAGAGAAUACAGAAUCUUUCUCUUAUCCUUGAGCCAGGGAAUAAAGUCAGCUACAGGUAGACGAGAUAUCGUCAUUAGUCUUGUUCUGAUUGAUUGAAAUGACAUUUCGUGGAUGAGCGUUUAACAUACGUGUCCUCUUUACAUUAUAUACAGUCGAUCAUACCCCGCUUAACGGACACCUCAUUUAUACAGACAGUUUGCUUUGUCCUUGUGGAAAGAAACCCUUUACAUUUUCUCUAUAUCCAACGCCCUUUAUACGAACACCCAUUCUCUAUGGCCCUGUCAGUUUCCGUAUUAUAGGGAUUUGACUGUAUUAACAUGUUAACAUUUCUGUAGAGGUCUGCCUCACCGUGCAGUGCGAGACAAAAUAAUACGGAACCACAAUAAUAUGAUAAGGAUAAUACGAUUCAACACAUCCCAUAAGAGAAGCAUCAAAGGAUGUGUUUGAUUAGGAUGAUCCGGAUCAGGAUCAGUAACCUGAGAUCACGCAGAUCAUAUUGUAGCACAUUAAAGGAACCAAAAAUUCCACCCAGGGGAAGGAUUGAGCCGUUCAUUUGAUAUACCACGAUCCGGGUGAUCUCGGAUCAUUGAUCCUGAUCAGGAUCAUCCCAAAGAAACACACUCAAAACAAAGGUACACACUCGAUCCCAGCCACAUCCCUUAAACAUGCGCUCAGCCCUCUUGGAUAAUUGCCCCAAUGGACAGUUGUUCUAUUCUUGUUAGGAAUCGUCCGUGCAAACAUGGACAUAAGUGGAGACGUCCCGUAGUAUAACCAAUGACUGCAUGACUGACCUAUUCAGUGCCCAUAAGUCCGGUCCGCAACAACGGAUCAUGCGAAACAGAAAGACUCUUUAAUUUUGGCAGUGUCAUUUUCAUCUGCUCGUUCUUUACAUUCCAGGGGCAACUGCGCGCUGACUUCCGUUAGCACAUGUUUAGUAACUUUAAGAUAGCUCAUCAACGAACGCGUUCUAAAAUUGUAGCAACCAUUUAUGAAGAAAUGACAGGAGAUUGGAAUCAGAGGCAUUAUGAUCGUUCGCUGUGGUAAACCCAUCACCGCCGAUAUAUAUAGAUCAAAGUCUGCAAAGUUUCAGCUCUGUAUUACGGCUUUUCCAUCAAAGGGACCGGGCCAUAUUUGUUUUCUCGUUUUUGUCUUUUUCUAAAUCCGGACGCCGAAAUAAUGCUAAAUCUGCUUUUCAAUACACUGUUAACAAUAACACCAAAAAAGAAGAAAAAGAAAAGAAAGAACAACGUAUGGACCUUUAAGACGAUAUGCGCGGUUGGUCACCCAUCCAGUUCGACCCCGACCGACAAGGCUUAACUUGAGUGCCGUUACCAAACCGAGUUUCGCGAGGGUUAUUGCGAGAUACGUAUUUAUAGUACUGAACUACUUUGCUCCACAUGUUAAAGUAAUUUAGGUUUUGGGCUGCUUGGUCAAGGCCUCGCUUUGUCGCAAAACUCAUCCUACGAGGACUGGAUACAGGAAAACAUUUUUGAACCGCUAGGAAUGCAAGAUUCAGGAUUCAGGUUAACUCCAGAGUAAGUGGCACUAUGUUUUUUUGGUCUGUUUUAGUUUCAUAUCUUUGAAACUUAAGCGAAGUUACCGUAACCAUUGACCUGGAAACACUUGUUUUUUUAUUUCGCCCCACGUAAAGUUAUCCAAGACAGUUUUGGAUUCUGGAUUCCAAGCUUUGGCUUCCGGAUUCCAAAUACUGUCGGUGCUGAGUUUAGGAUUCCUUAUAGUGGAACUCACUAGAUUCCGGAUUCCCAUCGUUAGCCCAGAAUUCCACUGGAUUCCACAAGCAAAAAUUUUCCGGAUUCUCGAAACCGGGUGAUAGUACAUGGGGGGAUUUAUCGUUUGUUUUAGGACUUCCUGACAUCACUUAUUUAACUGAUCAACUCCGUCAAAAACUCGUGAAUAAACAAUCUAAAACUGCAAUAUUUGAUAAGAUACACUGUUGAAAGCCAAGUUUGCUCCAGCUUUUCCCUUGCACUUUACUAACUAAAGGAGAGUGAAGUCGUGUGAACGAGGUCAAAGAAAUAAAAGUUGAAGGCUAAAUCAGCCAAUCGGUUAAUCAGUCAGGUUCCAACAGGCCUAGCCUAUUCUGCAAGACGUUUUGCUGCAUCUGCAGACCGUACAUCUAGAAAAUUAUGAAGACAAAAACAUCUAACUUCACGUUUGCCUUCAGGAUGAGACAGAAGAUUCCCGUGGGAUAUCUCAAGGAGCUUCCCCUGGAGCCGGUUGAAUGGGGCUGGGCGAGCCCUGCUGGGGGUAUGUUUACCUCCAUAGAGGAUAUAGCGAAGGUAAAGUUACUUCCGGUUUGUUCCCAGUUUUUUGUUACUAAUGAACAUAUGCAUUUGGUACUGUCAAUAAGUAGAGGCCUCUAGGCUCUAAGACAAGGACUACUACGAGAGUGAGAUUUUUUCAAUAAUAAGUAGUGCGCGCAUGAGAGCAAGCGUCAUUUUGGCGGGAAUACAACAUUCUACUGCGAGCUUUAGCGAAAAUGUCCAAAUGGUGACAGAACCAGGCCGUUUCAAAUGAUAGAAGUUUUAUCAUUCUGCGAUCAGGAGACGGCUUAACCUCCUGCAAUAAGAACCUAUAUGUAAAAUGAAGCCACUCAGUGUUCCGUGGUGAAAUCUCAUCCCCCGCAAGUCGUCCUUGUUUCCGGAGCCGUGUCCUCGAAUCCAAAGGUCUCUAAUAAAAGCUGAUUGAAAACGAUCAGUAACCACUCUUGAAAAUAGAUAUGUUGCAUUCUAAGUUUGAAGUUCAGGUGGAGUUUUUUGCAGGCGUACAUAAAUAGAGAGGUCGCGAGAAUUUGAAUUCCAGUACAGGCUGUUUUAAAAAAUUUUUUGAUCCUGGCUUGUAAGGGUUACCCCAGAAAAAUCUUUGUAAUAAAAUUAAUUUUUAUCAAGAUACAGCUGAAGCUAUUUCCUUAUUGCCAUGCCACCAACAAAGUUAUAUUUUCAAUGAUCUGAGUCAUCUUUUCUGUUUUCCUAUCCAGCUGGAGAUAAAACUUUUCAAUUCAACAGACGAAGAUGAUUUCCUCUCCCCAGUAAUCACCCAGGAAUUUUUCUCACCAGGUAAAAUAAUUCCUUUUAUUAGUGUUUUUGGGUAGUUCACGUCAAACCAAAUGGACCAAUCAGAUCUCGGAAUAAACAUCAUUCUGAAACUUGUGUCAAGCGCGGGAAGUAUGUAAGCUUGAGCGUGUAGCUGUUCAUGUGGUUUUAGAUUUCUCGCGUGCGCCUUAUGCAGGGUUUCCGUGUUUUGUAAAAUCCUACUUUAUUUAAAAGUCAAUGUAUUUAGCACGAGAGUACUGGGGCAGUGCGUUUAAAUCUCUACUGGAAGCUCCACUGCCAUUUUACUUCCAGGACAAAGGCAGCACCUCCAUUUAUUAAUUAUAACACUUAUUUCUCAUUCUAAGACCCUGAGUAUUGAUCCUGCCCUGGGGAUUGAGCCCGAAACAUCUCGCUGUGUCGACGCUCCGAUCCCCCAACUGACCAUGAGCCUAACCAUAACGCGUUCAUGGUUUUUAAAUAUUAUAAUAAUUAUUUAUAAUGUUUAUAGUCUUAAUGAUUUUCAUAAAUUCAACUUCAUUUCAAGCGUUUUCAUUUCAAGCGUUUUCUCCUUGUAGCUUACAUCUUGGAUGAUAAGCAGUUUAUGGGAUCUCCUUGGGAAAUGUACCUCCUGAAUGAUUAUCUUGCAAGAAUAAAAAGCGGCUACGUAUACGGAUACUCAUCCAAAAUUUUUCUUUUUCCUGAUCUUAAACUUGGUAGGUUGUCUCACACACUUUGAGUUUUAUACUACAGCAGACCUCGCUAUUAACAUUCUUAGCGGGCAUUUCACAGGAAUAAGAGCUUCAAAAGGCAGCUUCCAGGGCGGAUCCAGGAUUUUUCUUAAGAGGGGGUGCAAGACUAUCAAAAGGAACUAACAUUUUAACUAUCAAGAAUAUAUGACUGUUUUUGAGCCAGAUAAUAGGGAUCUGUUGUCAUAUACCGUAUUUAUUCGAAUAAGAGCAACCCUCGAUUAAACGCCGUAGAUGGAAGCAAAAUUAUCAAUAAACGCCCAACCUAAUUAAAAGAAUGCGCGUCUAUUGGCGGACAACAAGAAAAAAACUCGGUACAACUUCGUAAUCUACACCAUCCAGACAGUUACCAUUCUAUCUCCGCAAAAUAAGAGAAAUAUUGGAACCUUUAAGGUACAUAAUAUUUUAAAAAACGAUUUAGAGUAACUGUUGUCAUUGAUUUAAGAAAUAAAAAGUGAUUUCGAAAGAAACACCGCCCUUAUAUCAACGGAAACGCUGAAAAUUUGAUAAACGUCGCGGUGUUUAAUCGAAUAAAUACGGUAUGACUGCGAUAAGCUUCUCUGGAUUUGAGUUUGAAGUAAUUAUCGAUUCACUUUUGCAUGAAAUAUAACCUCCUGAGCUGUUGAACGAGUUAUAGUUUCUUUCAGGGAUUCUGAGUGAAAAAAUACACCGUGCGCUCAGCUAUUAUACUGCCAUAAGACAAUUUUGUCUUAGACAGUGCUUGCUUGAUUGGUUUUUUUUUAUUAUUUUUCAGCGUUUAACGUUUUUAACACAGGGAGUAUUAAAAGCUGUUGUCAAAACAUGGCAAGCAGACUUGUUAAAUCAUUUCACGAUGAACUGACAGCAAGGGAUAUUGAGGUAAUGAGCCUUCAGCGUCUACUGUGUUGACACUAUACCGAAUAGCUUUUGCGCCCCACGAAAACCAUUACGGAUAGGACUUCUGUUCACACACAAGAACGGUUGUGGCGGCGCGAUUUCUGUGACGGAGCAAAGCUCAGCACCGCGCCGAUCUCUUAAGGGGCCGCCGAGUCACAUAUCGGAUCGUAGGUAUGUUCACACUACAGCGGAUAGCUUUUGGUGGCGCCACAGAAAGCUAUCUGGUAUCCUGGUAUCAGUGUGAAUUAACAUAACCUAAGAUACUGACUCAGGAAACUAAUGUGUCGUUUAAAAUACUGAUUCGCAAUUAUAGGGUAUGUUUUUAGGUACUUAGCCAAUAAAUACAGCGUCUUUUUUGGUUCCUUUUGGGUUCCUAUAAACAGAACUUUGUAUUUUGUUAAUCGCAGACAUUAAAACCCUUGAAAACUUUCGGAACACACCUGAAAGCCAAGGUAAUCUUCCUUCCUUCGCAGCACAAAGGUUUUCUGUCAAGAGUGUCAGCCUCUCCACGGGUUCCUUCGGACAUCAUUUUGGUAGCGCGUUUUCCAUCAAAUCGUUAGUUUUUUGUGGUUCUUAAAUAAAUUGUCGCAUAUCAAGAUUAGUUGGCGUCGUAACGCUUUUAGCGACACCACAACGACAAAGGAAAACGAAAAAAAAAUUAAGCAAAGUUAACAAAAACUCUGAACUGCAGCACCCUUUUUGCCAGAUUUUUUGCAUUCAUAGCACGACUAACGUUGUCAAUCUUGAACGGAAUAGCAAUGCAAUCGUCGCUUCAAUCUCUAAUUCAGUCACCAAUAGCGAUCGUCGCGACUUCGAUUCCGUCGGAAAUACCCAUAGAGAGCCUUGAAAUCGGAGUUCUCUGCCCUAACUUCCCCGGGGUUGAUGCAUCCGCGUGCAGUAACUAACCUAUGGUACGGUGUGUCAUUUCAUUUCUAGCGACAUCCAACGGUUUCACUGGAUGAGGCUGCGCCAUAUUUGGGUGAAUUUUACACGAACGACGUGCCGACCAUUAGGCGAGUGUUCAUUACUCACGAAAACAACAAGCUGUUGUUUAAAGUAGAUAAUCACACCUUUUACCUUAAUCAUAUCCGUGGGACGACCUUUGAACUUAUUGACCGGAGAAAGGUUAAAUGCAUUCAGAUAGUAGUUUUGGGAGUCAACCAUGAGAAAGUGUACUUUGACCCGCCAGACAACUCCACUAACUUCAUUUCACCAGGCUUUACUGUGUUUGGAUUUAGUUUGCGAGGAAAAGCAAGGUUUCACAGGACAAACAAUAUCAUAAACUAA